GUGAAGAAAAACCAACAGCAGAAUGUACCACGUUCAAUUGCGCUUCUCAGAACCAGAGCUCCCACCUCAACCUCCAUGUGAAGCUUCACUCAGAUCAUGCUUGUUCAGCCCGUCCGACUCCGACGAUUUUUUUCAUCGAAGAAACGGGUCAAAUAAAAGAGUCGUCCAUGUUUUACCUUGUGCCAGCAUUCCUGAUGGAGUCUCGGCCGAAAGAAUUUCCCGGUAGACUUCAACUUUUUAUAUCAGAUGCGAAUAUAUAUGGGUCUGGAAACUUGUGAUGCUAAAGUGUGGAUGACAGGGGAAACAUUUCCGAAACCGAAUGCAGCCAAGCAUGACAAUUCUCCAGAACCCUUUCGCAUGCGACGCUGCGUUUUUCAUUUUCUAUGACAAGAGAGGCUGAAAAUUUCCUUCGUCAUGCAAUACAGAUUUCAGAUUCAGAGGAAUGCAAAGCCAGCAUCACAAGUUCGAACUUUCCAGGCCCAGACAUCGUUGCGAUGAGUAGACUUUUUUGCAUAUGUUGCAGUUGCCCUUUCCAUCCUGAUGCAACCUCAAUGUUAAUCCAACGGCACGUUGUCUUAUUAUUGAAAAAAUUAUAUCAUUCUUAUUGGCCACGAUAAUAUACACCGGUAAUUAAAGGUAGAAAUCAAAAACCAUUGGAAUUACAGGUGAGGUGGAGUUCCGUUGAAUAAAUUCUUAUAUCUGUUGCGAGAAAAAGUGCGACCCACUGUUGUGUUGGAAAAACCUGACAUCCGGUCCUGCACUUCUUGUCCGUAGUACGGAGGUCCGCACUCAUUCUGGAAGUCAAUGAGUAGAGGUAGUUGUGAUCGGGGGAGCUUCGCCUGCGGCAAAACCAGCUCCUCGUGGCGCACCACGGAAAUAGUUUCCAAAAUCUGGCUGAAUGCAGCAGCACGGAAUAAAUUUGUAUACACGUGUCUCGAACAAAAGCGGCAUUCGAAUUGUAAUUUUUCAAACGAAAGAUCAAGACGGCACUGAAAGAAAAUGUUUAAGCCAGCAACGAUAAUAUAGAGAGUUUCGAUUCCGUUUCCGACGACAACGCAGACUCAGCUCGUGCUGUUUUACC